UUCUUCUAACAAUGCUGCUCCGGGCCGUUGCUCUUCUGCUGCUCCUUUAUGUGUCUGUUAGUGUGUGUGCCACUCUGGGUCACUACCAGUCCAUAACACAGCAAGAGGAGGUUGCUGUGGUGGAGCCACAAAACACUGCUGUAGAAGAAGUCACCAUAAACGAGGACCAUAACAACGAACUCUCUGAAGUAUUACUUGACAAAACUCCUGAACUAGUCAACGACACGGGAGAAAGUAGCCAAGAUGUGGAUGGACAGCAACAAAUUUCUCAGGAUGGAGAAGAGAUGGAGGAGAGAAAUGAUAUCGAGCCAGUUCAAACGGACAUUUCUGCAUUACUUGAAAAGAACAGCAGUAACCACUGGAGCCUCAUGUCAAUUAGAAACAGUUUCCAAACAGUGCACGGCUACUUUGACUCCCUGGUGGAGCUAGUGGGGGGCCACAAUGGCGUGUGUCAGUACCGUUGCAGAUAUGGAGAACUUCCUCAACCUCGUCCUGGCUACAAGCACCAAGAACCCAAUGGCUGCAGCUCAUCCAUGGUGGGAUUCCAGCUGGAUCUUGGCAUCCCUGCCAUGACUGAGUGCUGUAACCACCUUGACGUGUGCUACGACAACUGUGGCAUCAACAAGUAUGACUGUGACACCAAGUUCCGCUCCUGUCUGCAUAACAUUUGCUCUGACCUCAAGAGGAGUCUUGGUUUUGUGUCCAAAGUACAAGCUUGUGAGUCCGUAGCAGAUGCCUUGUACAACACAGUGUGGACACUUGGAUGCCGGCCUUACAUGAACAGCCAGAGGGCAGCAUGUGUGUGUGAGGGAGAGGAGCGGGAUGAACUGUGACAUCGACAACUUUUGUAUGCAGAACAAUUUGAGUUUUGCAUAUUGGAUUUUUCAGAGCAUGGAAGACAGAUGUGACUGUGGCCAAAUUGAAUGACGAAUAAGGAAAGAUGCAUUUCUACUCUUCCUAUUCGUUCAGGCUCAUAGUCAGGCCUGUAUCACUCCGUCAACAUUUAUUUCUGCAAGACUCCAGACAAAGCACGUGUUUUGUGGAAAUUAAACACAUAACACAUAAAAGGCUAAUUGUAAGUUCUAGCGUGAUUGUAAGUUAUUUGCUAUUUAUGAACGGAGGAGGAAAUGUUCCUCAAUUACAGUAUGUUUACCGACCACAAAAUUAAGUUUUCAUUUUACAAUAAAUAAAAGUAUUAUAAUCUACAUACACAGCAGUUUAGAAAUUAUUGAAUGCUAGGGCGUAGGUUUGCAUAGGGA